AUGCUAUGUAAUUGUCCAAAUGGUUAUUAUGAUGAUGGAUCCAAUUAAUUAUGCUAAUGUAUUUAAUUAAUCAAAAAUAGAAUGUCAUUACACUUGUUUAAAAUGCACUGGCUUAGCAACCAAUUGUGAAUUAUGCUCCGGCAUUUCGUAAAGGGUUUUAGAUCCAAUUUUGUUAACGUGUAAUUGUUAGCAAGGAUAUUAUGAUGAUGGAGUUGAAAUUUGUAAAUAAUGUCAUUAUACUUGUUUGUCCUGUAAUGGAGCUGGAUCUAACUCCUGCAAUUCAUGUCUAUCUGUUACUACUACGUAUAGAGUAUUUUAUAAUAAAACAUGCAAUUGUUUAUCGGGAUACUAUGAUGAUGGAUCAUCAAGCUAUUGUAAGAAAUGCUAGAAUGAAUGUUUAACUUGUCAAACUUAUUCAUAUCAAUGUUUACUAUGUCCUUCUACAAGACACUUAGACGGAACGAGUUGUGUUUGUGAUUUAGGAUAUUAUGAUAUUGGGGCAUAAAAAUGCAGUCAAUGUGAUUCUAAUUGCUUAAAUUGUUAAACUUCAUCCACUAAUUGCAUUUCAUGUGAUACUACCAAAAAGAGGAUUUUAAAUACGACAACAAAAACUUGUGUUUGUCAAAGUGGCACAGUUGAAAUCAAUGGUAUUUGUUAGAAUUGUGACACUUAAUGUAAAACUUGUUCCAAUUCUACUUCAUAUUGCACAUCAUGUGAAUCCAUAAGACUGUUUGUGAAUAAUUAAUGCAUCUGUAUAGAUGGUACAUAUGAAUCCAGCGUUGACCAAUAAUGCUAUUUUUGUCAUAAGUCAUGUUUAACAUGUGUCUAUCAAGCUACUUAAUGUUUAACAUGUUCUGAACCAGAUUUUAGAGUUAUUAAACCAGGAAAUGGUUGUGCAUGUUUUGAUGGAUAUUUUGAAAAUUAAAUAACACUAUCCUGUGAAAAAUGUGAUAGUUCUUGUAGAACAUGUGAUCUAUACGCAACAAAUUGUACCUCCUGCUUUGAAGCACUUCAUUACAAUAAAUAAUAAAAUUAAUGUGUGUGUCAAUCUGGCUAUUUUUACAAUGCUACUACUAAACUGUGUGAAGGUAUAUUUUACAUUAUUAUCUAUCAUAGUUUGCAAUUUCACAUGCAAGGAAUGUAGCGCUUAGCUUAAAUGUACGUAAUGUGAUUUAAGUACUAGAUAUUUCGAUGAUCAAAAUUUUAAGUGUCCUUGUCAAGAUGGCUAUUACGAGGCAAAUCUUAGUUAAUGCCAAAGUAUUUUGAUUUCUUAUUCAUUUUAGUAUGCCAUGUAUCAUGCUAAACUUGCACUACUUCUUCUAAUAAUUGUCUAACAUGUGAAACACUCCUAUACUACAGAAUUUUAAAUAAUAAUUAAUGCAUUUGCUAGGAUGGAUAUUAUGAUAUUGGAAUAUCAAUGUGUUAAAAAUGUCAUGAUGUUUGUAAAACAUGUUAAGUGACAGCUUACAAAUGCUAUUCGUGCUAUCAAAGUGAACACAUUCGAACACUUGUUAGUAACUAAUGUAUCUGUCAAACUGGUUAUUAUGAUAAUGGAACUUUAGUUUGUUAGAGUAAUAAAAUAGAUUAUGAUUAGAAUGUUCAAAUGAAUGUCUUACUUGUAGUGGAUCAGAGAAUCAUUGUACUAGUUGCGAUAUCAAUUAAAAGAGAAUCGAUUAGUCAGUUAUCUAUAGAUGUCCAUGCAUAACAGGCUUUUAUUCUGAUGAAAAUAAGAUUUGCUAAAGUAAUAAUUGCUCCUCAUUUAGAAUGUCAUAUCAAAUGUGCUUCUUGUCUAAAUCAAAGUGAUCAUUGUCUUAGUUGUAAACUAGUAACUGGCAGCAAUAGAUACACAUUGUCAUAGAAUUGUGAUUGUAAGGCUGGCUACUUCGAUGAUGGUAUUCAAUUGCAAUGCUAACAAUGCAAUCAGAGGUGUAAAACCUGUGUAAAUACCUCCACCAAUUGCUUAACAUGUUUUGAUAGUUUAAGAUUCAACCCUCCUAGUUGCAAUUGCGUUGAUGGUUAUUAUGAAGAUGCGUAAAAGUAUUGCUAACGUAAUUUAAAUUUAUUAAUCUCCAAGCAUGUAAUCAUGAAUGUAGUACAUGUAUAAAUAAACCAGAAAAUUGCUUAACUUGUAAACCUGGCAGAAUGACAUCCUUAUGCGUAUGUCAAGACGGUUAUUUCGAAGCUGGGGUAUAGGAAUGUUUAAGUAAUCUAUUCGAAUCAUUUCUUAGAAUGUGAUAUUUAAUGUAACACGUGCAUCCAAGCAGCCUCAAACUGCUUAUCAUGUAAAGGUGAUCGUAUUGAUUCACCAAAGUGUUCUUGUCCAUCAGGUUACUUUGACGAUCUCAUAAAUGAGAAUUGCCAACUAUGUGACUCUUUAUGCUAAACAUGCGAUCACUUUGGUUGCAACACUUGUGCAGGCAAUAGAAUUAUAUCCAAAGAAUACACUUGUGAUCCCCCUAAUAAUUCUAUAUGUAAUAAUAUCACUCCCUGGUGUUCAAGUAAACAUUGUUGUUCUAUUUUUAGCUUGUGAUGUCGCAGUAUUGAAUAUUCAAAUAUCAGAUGAUUUGAAAUCUGUCAUUGUAAAAUUUGAUUUCCCUUUGGAUCCCAAUAGUUUUUCUAGUUAAGUUUAAAAAAACUUGUGCUAUCAAAUCUUAUCCAAUGCCACUUUAAGUAAAUUUGGAUUCAAUCCUCAAUGUAAAAUUGAUGAUGUUGAUAACAAAAUUCUAUAUCUUAAUUUUGGCAACAAUCCAACCAUAAUAGUAGGAGAUUCUAUUGAAUUUCUGCCAAAUACUUUAUAAUAAUUAGAUUGCAAUAGUAAAUUAUCAGUGUUCGUAUUAACUAAUGUAAAGGUACCAUUAAAUCCAGUUACUCCUAUUUUAGAAUUCAAUGUACCUGAAAUUUAAUUGAAUCCUUGUGAUAGUAAUAUUAUAAGUGUAAAAUCAAAAUCAAAUGAUGGUUUCAGAGGAUUAAAAAAUAUUAUAUGGACAUAUGCUGUUUAAGGGUCUUCAGGCAAUGGAGAUCUCGAAAAUUUUAUCCAACAGUAGUCAAGUCUUCAGUUACUAGAUUUAAACAUAGAUGCCUUAAUAUUGCCAAUUCAAUCUAACAUUACACUUACGGUUGUAUUUUCCAACUUUAUUGGUCAAUAAUCUUAAUAAGUCAUUAAGAUCUCAACUCAUUCAGGAGCUGCUCCUUCAGUUAAUUUUAAUGUCAAAAAACAGUUUUAUUCAUUUUCAGUCAUCAAUAUCGUUUUUACAAUACAAAAGAUCAAUUGCUCUACAAAAUUGAUUGAAAAUCCUAAUUAUCAGAUAAGUUUAAAGGAGAAGGCAAAAACAUUUGGAUCACCUUCAGAAGUUGAUUACCAAACAGUUUCAAAUCAGAUAGAGUUUAAAAUAAAAAUCCCCUCUUAUAAAUUAACUCCAAGAGCUUUCUAUACAUUUGAACUGAAUGUCUCUGAUUCAUCAAUAAAAUACUUUUCUUCAUAGUAAACAACAAUUGAAAUUCUACCUGCUGGAUUCCUAUGCAAGUUCUAGGGAGUCCAACAAGUGUAAGAUUAUAAAAAGGAUCUUAGUAUGUCAAUUGAAUGCAUAGACUUAGACACUAACUAUUUACCUAAUCAAGACCCUGAUUUAAGUGUCAAUGUUAAUUGUACUGACUUAUCUACAAAAGAUUUUUGUUUAGAUGUUAAAUCUCAAAAGAUUAAAGUAAACUAAACGGAUUUUACACAAAAAAUAUUGAAAUAUCAAGUCUAACCAUAUACUGUUUAAUCAUGGAAAGUAACUGCAUCUAAAAAUGGUUCAAAUUAAACUUUUGAAUAGAUCAUUGUAUUCUUAGACGAUAACUUUAAGGAAUUGUAAAUGAAUUAUAGCAAGGGUUAUAAUAUGCGACCAAUAAAUAGUUACGAAAACCUGAAUUUCACUUAUGUAAUACCCAUAAUAGAUUAACCACUGAUUCUAGAAUAUAGUAUUGCAAUAAUAUAUGAUUAUGAGGUGUUGGUUAUAUUACAACCGAGUUGUUAUUCCUAUUAAUUUAGGUUGUUCGACUAUUAUCAAAAGUUUACAAAAGGGGAUUAAAUUAAUCUUAAAUUUUUGGUCUAAUUUACUAAUGAUAUCAUGCCAGGAUAGCAUAAUCUAAAAGUAAAUUUAAAUUAGCCUCCUCAAUGCAUCAGUUAGGUUGAUUCGAACAGCAAUAAAGCCUUAAGUGUUGUAAAUGUGAUCGCCAACUGUCUAUUUUCAAAUGACACGCCAUACAAAUAUCAACUAAGAGUCUUAAUCAAUGAACAAGAUUAUAUCGAUUACAAAUAAAGGAAAUCCGAUAAUUCGUUAAUAUUAUACUCAUUUUAGAGUUCAAAUAAAUUCCAAAUUAUACUACCCUCCUCGAAAAUUUAUGUCAUUUUAUAAAUUAUGGACGCAGAUGGUUCAAUAGAAAAUAACGAUCAAUAAAUAAUAAUGAAUAAAGUUGACUUAAAUUGUACAAAUCUUUCCUAUUAAAAUUCCACUUUCAGAUAUCAAAUUGCAUUAGCAUUAGAAUUGCUUCUCAAUAAUAACUAAAAUUCAGCUUGCUUAUAAGUUGCCAACCAAAUCUUAUCCAACAUUAAAAAAUUGUCUCCCUCCUAUAAAUUUGAAGAUUAGCAAUUAGCCUUUAAAUUUAUCAAAGUUUAUACAUAUUAUUACUUAAAUAUAAGCUCCUCUAUUUCUACUAAUAAAACUUAAAGAGUAUUACUAGAAUCUUUGAGUGAUAGAUGUUAUGAUAAAGUUAAUUAGAAAUUCAUUUUUACAAAUAAUAGUGUAUCAAAUGAACUUUAAUAUAACUACACGUAUCUAAACACUUAUUUCAAUAAAUUGAAAAAUGAUGUAGAUCAAUUAAUUAAAAAUAGAUAUGAAAUAGAAUAAGAAUUAAAUGAAGACACUCUGGUUUUGCAAGAGUCCCUUUAUUAGCAAAGAGAAUUAAUAAUAGAUUCAUUGCAAAAUUAAUUACUAUUCAUUGACGAUGCAUUUUCCAUAUUAUCGAAAACAAACAUACAGAUGAAUAGUGAAAAAUUGCUGCUUUUGAAUAUUGGAGAAGAACUUCUACAAUUAAUCAAAAUAAUUUCUGAUUAAAUCAAUAGUUAAGCCUAAGUUAAUGGUAACCAACUAGAUAUUGAGGGAUAAUAGAUAUCAUGGAAAUUAGUGAGAUAAUCAAAAAGUGAUUUCAAUAAGCUAACUAAUAUUGAAUCUGAUUUCACUGACAGUUUCGUGGCCUUUGUUGAAAAAGCCUAAAUAAGUAUCUCUUAUAAUUUCUAUAAUUUGUCAACUGACUAUUAGACCCAAAUGCAAUAACAAUUGAACUAUACCCACCUAUACAUAGAUUCAAAUAAGUUGUUAAUAUUGACUCUCAGAAAUUAUAGAACUAUGUAAAAUUAUGUCAAUUAGGAUAAUUUGACUUAGAAAUAUAAUGCCAUAUUACAAGAAAUAUCAUAUUGUGAGGAAGCUUAUUAAUAUAAUUACAAUGAUAUUUAUGAACCCUCUUGUAUUUAAUAUUCAAAUAGCAAUUUGUUUAAUGCUUGUGAUCGACUAGAUGCUGAAGAGAAUUCCUCUGUUAAGGUUAUUUGCAGUUGCAAUCAAUUUGGAAAUGUGUUUUUGAUUCAAACUCCAUUAAAUUAGACAAAACCUAAUAACGACUCUGGAAUUUAAAUAGAGUCUUUAGAAACAAAUCAGAAAACUUUAAUAAUUUUUGAAUAACCAUUCAUCUUAUUCUAAAGCAUACUGACUUGCUUUUCAAUUUUAGUUUAUUAUUAACUGUACACUUUGGAAAAUAAACCUGCUGAACAAAUAAUCUAGUAGUAUCAAAAUAUAGAGAGUUCGGAUGAUUUAAGUAAAUUAGAAAGGAAAGAUCAGUUGAAAUGUUAUCCAGGCGAUGUCUUUAUUAUAAAGGAGAAUUAUAAAGUAUAUUUAUUUCAUCUAUUUUAGUACAUUCAUCAAUUUUUUUCGAUAUUCUACUGCGAUGAUGUACUUUUAAAAAAGAGUUAUAGAUUCCUACAAUUUUUCACUGAACUUAGUUUUCUGAAUCCAAUGGCAAUUUUCUUAUUAACUGCAUUUUCAGAUUAAUUGCUAUUAAAAAUGGUAUUCUUCAUCAAUUUUUCGGUGAUCCUAUUAAUGAGAUUUAUAUUUAAGUUGCUUUAGGCAAUAUAUAGAUUUGGUGGGAAACUUGCUAUGCUUAUAGUCUGUAUUUUGAUUUUGUUGCAAAUUAUUUCUUACAUUUUGUUCAUUUAUACACUUAUGAUUAAGUAAGUUAUAAAAAUCAUUAAUAUUUUAGCACCUAGGACUCAGCCUACAUUAAUUAUAUGAUAUGUGUGAUAAUAGGAGGGACAAUAGUUCUGACCUAUUUCAUAUACGAUCCAUUGAUUAUUUUUGUCAGAAUACAGAUUUAUAAACUAAUAAUAUAGAGUAUUAAAAGCCAACAACUGAAUCCACUAUUCCAUUUUGUCUAUUUCUUUAUUCAACAUUAUAAGUUGGAUUAAAUAUUUGACAAAUAUGUUGUUUUUUGA